CCACUUUCCCCUACCCAUACAUUUUUAUUCUGUCACUACUCCUCUCUCUCUCCUCCAUUUUUCAACUGCAAUUUCUAUCUGCAAAAAAUAAUAAUUUCUCUCUUUAUACAACAUUCACAUGCCCUUGAUUAUCAUAUAUAUAUAAACAUUUUGAUCUGAGAGUCAACAUUUGCUAGGGUUUAUUCAAAAUCCUUCAUAAACUCACAAUUCGUCGAAUUCCCACAAAAAAAAAAAAACAAUUUUUUUUUUUAAUUUUGUUUAUCUGUGGCUAAUUUUUCCUCGUUUGAUUCAUUUCUACGAGUAUCAAUUAGCCCAUUCAACCCUUAAUUUCUAUAAUCCACAUAUACAUAUAUAGAAAAAAGGUUUUUUUUUUUUUUUUUUUUUGAUUUUAGGGUUUUUCAUUUGAUAUAAAGAGAUAUGAUGGGGAGUGGAUUACAGUUUAAUCGUAGUUUUAACGGUGAAGAUCGGUUUUAUAGUGCUGCUAAAGCUCACCGUAAUGUUAAUCGGAGUUUUAACGGUGCUGACGUGUCAGUUAAGAGUGACGUGGCUGUUAACCCCAAAAUGAAGGCCGAUGAGUCGCCGGAGGAUUUGCCGGUGGCCGGAAAGUUGUCGCCGGCGGCGGCGGCGGAGGGUGUUUUGGGGAUAUGUAAUUUAGAGCGGUUUUUGAAAUCUGUUACUCCUUCAGUACCUGCUCAGUUUCUAUCUAAGACAACUAUGAGGGGUUGGAAGACGUGUGAUGCGGAGUUUCAGCCUUACUAUGUGCUUGGUGACUUAUGGGAGUCUUUUAAAGAAUGGAGUGCAUAUGGAGCUGGAGUUCCGUUGGUGUUGACUGAAGGUGAUAGUGUAGUUCAGUACUAUGUGCCCUAUUUGUCUGGUAUUCAGUUGUAUGGUGACCCUACAAAGGCUUCAGUCAAAACAAGUAGGCGACCAGGUGAGGAAAGUGAUAGUGACUAUUUUCGGGAUUCUAGUAGUGAUGGAAGCAGUGACUCUGAACACGAGAGACGUUGCUUGAAUUAUACAAGGGAGCAAUGGUUGUAUCAUAGCCAAACAAGUGAAAGCUCUCUUAGUGUAGACGGUUUGUCAUUAAGAGACAGAAAUGCUACCUUCCAAGAAGGAUUUUCAAGCGAUGAGAGUGAAUCUGGGUCUUCUCAAGGUGCCUUGCUGUUUGAGUAUCUUGCGCACGAUCAUCCUUAUGGCCGUGAACCUUUGGCAGAUAAGAUAUCUGAUCUUGCUCAACGCUUCCCGGAAUUAAAAAUGAUGAGAAGUUGUGAUCUCCUUCCUUCCAGUUGGAUUUCUGUAGCCUGGUAUCCAAUUUACCGGAUACCUACGGGACCUACUUUAAAAGCUUUGGACGCUUGUUUUCUGACCUUUCAUUUUCUUCAUACACCCACAACAGGAAGUCCAUGUGCUCAUGCUGCGGUUGUAACAUGUCCGAGUGAUUCGGAUGGGGCCCCUAAGAUCCCAUUACCUGCUUUUGGCCUUGCUUCAUACAAAUUUAAAGCCUCACUUUGGACUCCAAAUGGCGGACCUGGAAGACAGUUGAUGAGCUUCCUCUUACAGGCUGCUGAUAACUGGCUAACACAGCUUCAGGUCAAUCACCCAGAUUUCAGUUUCUUCUGCCAAAGGUGAAACUAGAUAUUCUCCUCGGUCAGUGGUGAAGAACCACUCUGUGCUUGAUGCAGCUGUUGUUUUUGUGAGGAAGAUAUGGGUUAAGGAUUCACUCUAUAAAAGAAAAAAAAAAGAAAAAAGAAACAGUAAAUGGAAAUCGAGCCCUCAGGCAAGGGCUGAAUAUUGAUGGGGAAGGAGCAGAAAAUAGUAAAGAAACAAAAGUUUGAGGGAAGUUACGAAUAAAAGAUCGGUAACAGAUGACCCGACGAGUAACAAUGCCUAUACAGUGAUCAAAAGACUUUAAGAAAAACGAGUAUAUUAAGAUGGCACCAUAAUGCUCUCAUUUUCGCUUUAUAGUAGAGAGAGCAGGCUGAUUUUGACUGCCCUGAAUUUGUAGGUGUGCUAUUUAUAUUAGCAUCUAUAGGAUUUUAAUAGAGCUACUAUGGUGGAGGAAAUGUAGCUUCCCCAUGUCAUGUACAUUACUUUUUUUUUAUUUAGACUUUAUUUGGUAGUAAUAAUAGAUUAAUAGUUAAAUGGAUUAUUUAGGUAUAA